AUGUCUACACCCAUCAACCCGCCGCCCUCGCGGCCCCCGACAGCUCGCCCUGUCUCCACGCGACCUCCCACAGCUCGUCCCGUCUCCACGCGACCACCCACAGCCUUCGCGCCAGCCCCCACGCCGAUGACCACCCCAGCGCCUCUGCCUUUGCCUCCGCCUCGCCAGAUACUGGGCAAGACGCAGCUCGAAAACGCGCUCGAGGAAUACAUGCACCCACUUUCGGGACAGCGACCCGAGGGUAUAAUGCAGUACCUGGCCAACCUCUUCGGCCCCCCUCCCGCACCACGAUCAGCAGCAUUCGUCCAGUACAUGGACCGCAAGAUGGCGCUCUGGCGGCCCUUCGUGCGCUUCGUGGCCGAGCGCCAGAUGCAGGACGCGUCCGAGGUACCCAAGCUGGUCGCUAUCAUCGACCUGCUGGUUUUUCACGGCGUGGUGGACGCGAAGUUCGUGACGCAGUGUUUGUUGGAGGCGUAUCACAUCUACAUAGAGCGCCACGACAGAAUCUGCGUCAACCGCCUCUACGGCUUCGGCCUCAUCCUGCAGAGCCAUCCGCGCGGACUGAUGCACCAGGUCGAGUUCCCGGGUCUGAUGGGUGAGCCGAUGGGAAUACGGGUUGUGCCUGUUGCCAUGUGA